UAAGGAAGUUAUAAACACUGAGGCUAUUCCUAAUACCAAGAUACAAGCCAUCAACCGGGGACUUAAAAAAAAAAGAAAACUUGGACCAAAAACUCAGGAUUUAAAAUAUGACUUGAUCAAUUUCUAAGAACAGUGUGCAGGACGAAGAGAGUGCACCUGUACACAGCCUGAAGAGUUUAAACUCUCUCAACUCCCAGUACAUCAAAAUUAUAGGCACCUACAACUCGAGAGCCUUUCUCGGAAUUGUGAUAGUCAGCAGGAACGGAGAGCUCUUGUGACGUUUAGGUGAGGGAGAGGAGCAAGAGUCCUGUGGCAUCCUGCAGGGGAGAGGAGAUCUUGGAAUCUUAGGUUAACAAACUUCAGAGGCUAUGUGAAGGAAGUGCUGAUGAUUCGUCCAGCAGUGAGAGAGAAAGGCUGGGAUUGGUAUGUGUGUGAAGGUUUUCAGUACAUACUUUAUCAACAAGCAGAAGCCUUAAAGACCCUUGGGGUAGGCCCAGAAUUAAAGAAUGAAGUUUUGCAUAAUUUUUGGAAGCGCUAUCUGCAGAAGAGCAAGCAGGCAUAUUGUAAAAACCCAGUUUAUACCACUAAAAGGAAAGCUGUGGUUUUAGAAAAUAACCCAAGUCAUUCAGACUGGGAUAGUGAACCUGAGCUGCUAAGUGACCUUAGCUUUCCUUUUUUGGUUGAAAGUGGAGCAGAAUCACAGUCUGAUGUCAACACUCAAAAAUCUUUCCCCACCAUCAAAGCAUCACAAUCAGAAACUGCAUCCAUCUGUUCUGGAUCUCUUGAUGGCGUUGAAUACUCACAACGAAAGGAAAAGGGAAUUAUGAAGAUGACUGUACCAAGGACUCUUGCUUUCUGCUAUCUUUCAUUACUUUGGCAGAGAGAGACAAUUACUCUUUCAGAUCUUUUGAGGUUUGUUGAAGAGGAUCAUAUACCUUAUAUAAACGCUUUUCAGCAUUUUCCAGAAGAGAUGAAAUUGUAUGGGCGUGACAAAGGAAUCUUUGCCAUUGAGUCUUGGCCUGAUUAUGAGGAUAUCUAUAAAAAAAGUAUUGAAGUUGCCACAUUUUUAGAUUUGCCUCGUUUUCCAGACAUAAUUGAAGGCUGCUAUUUCCAUCCAAACAUCUUAUGUAUGAAAUACUUAAUGGAGGUCAAUUUACCUGAUGAAAUGCACAAUUUUACCUGCCAAGUGGUCAAAAUAUCUGGAAUAGGAGAAGUGGAUUUUCUGACAUUUGAUCCUAUUGCUAAAAUGGCAAAAACUGUUAAAUAUGAUGUACAAGCUAUAGCUGUCAUUGUAGUAGUAUUGAAACUGCUCUUUUUAUUGGAUGACAGUUUAGAAUGGUCUUUGUCGAAUCUUGCUGAAAAAUAUAAUGAAAAGAACAAAGAAGAUAAGCCAUGGUUUAAUUUCAGAAAGUGGUACCAAGUUAUGAAGAAAACUGUUGAUGAGAAGAAACAAAAAUGGGAGCAAGCCAGGGCCAAGUACCUUUGGAAAAGUGAAAAGCCACUCUAUCACUCAUCCAUCGACAAAUCAGUAGUAUAUAAAAGAAGAGAAAUGGUAGUGAAUCUACAGAAACAAUUUAGCACACUAGUGGAUUCAACACCAGUUGUUGAAAAAAAAGGCCCUUCAAGUUUUCAGUUCAACUGGACUGAAGAAGACACUGAUAGAACUUGUUUCCAUGGACACAGCCUUCAGGGAAUCCUGAAAAAGAAAGGCCAAUCACUGACAACCAGGAAUUCACUGUAUUGGCUUAGUACACAGAAAUUCUGUAAAAGCUAUUGUAAACAUGUGACAACCUAUGAAGAAUCAAAUUUUUCUCUGAGUUAUCAGUUUAUACUAAGUCUUUUCUCCUUCCUGCUAAGAAUAAAGACCUCCUCACUCCAUGAAGAAGUGAGCUUAAUUGAAAAGAGGCUUUUUGAAACAAAAUAUAAUAAAAUGAAAAAUAAAACUUCAAGAUCCAAGAAAGUGAGAAGACGUUGAGAAAAAUGAUUUAGAAACUUCCUCAGGAAAAUAUUUUAAUAGUGACAAUAAUGUCAGAUUAUAAUAUGGCAUUCCAGAGAAUUGUGGAAAAUAGAAUUUUAUCAUGAGUAUGUAUGAUACAGAUACAUCAUAGGUACAUGUACUUAUAAAGAUGUAUAUUAGAAAACAGGUAAACUUUGAAUUUAUUUUUUUAAAUUUUGAAUGUUCUU